AUGGAGAACACCAUAUUUUCUCCUAGAAAUUAUGAAAAUGUAAUGCCAAUUGCUGGAUCAGUUAAAGGUAAAGGAUUACCAACUGCUCCUGGUGAAAUAUUUAUUUCACAUAAUGAUCAAACAAUUGCAAGUAAUUCUACAAGAAAUCAUCAGAAUUACAAUUAUGAGCACGUUGUUACUUUUAAAGAUAAAGCAUUACCAUCUGUUCCUAGAGAGAUAUCGAUUUCAAAUAAUGAUCAAAAAAUUGAAAGUAAUUCUACAAGAAAUCAUCAGAAUUACGUUGUUAUUUCUCCUCAACAAGAAGAAAAUAUAAUUCAACAACUUAGACAAGAACUUUCAAAAGAUAUUAAAAAUGAAGUCGCUAAUCAAAAUGCUCAGUUAAAGAAAGAAAUACGAGAACAAGUAUUAAGCGAAG